AUGGCCUCCAACGCGGCCCAAGAUAAUCCUGCGUCUGCUGCGGUAGAUAAGGAUGAUUUGAUGAUACCGGUGAUCGACUUCGGCCCAUUCUUCACAGGGACCCCAUCCGAUAAACAUGCUGUCGCUCUUUCCAUAACCCAAGCCUUCAAAACAUCCGGCUUCCUCUACCUAAAGGCACAUGGUAUUCCACCAUCCAUUGUAUCCGGGGUGUUUGCGUCAUCUGCCCGUUUCUUCGCCCGCCCCCAAAGUGAGAAGGAUUCUCUGGGCUGGACAACCCCACAGUCGAACCGUGGUUACGUCGCUAUCGGGCGGGAGAAGUUAACCACCGUUGACGAGACAACCGGAGUCGACACUCUGCGUGCGUCCGCACCAGACAUCAAGGAGACUAUGGAACUUGGUCGCGAGGGAGUCGAGGGCCUGCCUAAUCGCUGGCCCGAUCAUCUCGAUGACGAAGGAAAACAUUUCAAAGAAACCAUGCAAUCAUUCUUUGAAAUGGGAAAGGACCUGCAUAAGAAUAUCAUGCAGGCCAUUGCAUUGGGAAUGAAUUUGCCGGAGCAUUUCUUCGACGAUUCUGUCAAUGCUGGUGACAAUAACCUCCGUCUGCUUCACUAUCCUCCCGUCAGCAAAGAAGUCUUCAAAAAUAACCCUAACCAAGUCCGUGCCGGCGAGCACAGCGACUACGGUUCAAUCACUCUGCUUUUCCAGGAUCGACACGGUGGACUGCAAGUACGCAGCCCUAAAGGAACAUUUGUGGAUGUGACUCCCAUUGCUGAUACCAUUGUUGUCAAUGCUGGGGACCUGCUCGCUCGAUGGUCCAAUGACACCAUCAAGAGUACCCGUCAUCGGGUAAUUCAGCCGCCCGCGCCCGAGGGCUCUGGGGACGAUGCUCCGGAUUAUCCUGCUCGUUACAGCAUAGCGUAUUUCUGCCAGCCAAACAACGAUAAACUUAUUGAAGCACUACCGGGAACCUUUGGCGAGGAAACCAAAGUGCCCAAGAAAUACUCGGCGAUUACUUCAGGCGAAUACCUGGUCCAACGAUUGACAGCGACUUACUAA